CAUCGUCAACACGUUUGGAGUUCGUCCUUUCUUGUCCAUGGCUUGUGGCAGCGUUUAUAUCGUGUUACAAUGAAGUUGAACGUGUCAUAUCCUGCAACAGGAUGUCAGAAGCUGUUCGAAAUUUCGGAUGAGCACAAGCUCAGAAUCUUCUAUGAGAAGCGUAUGGGUGCUGAGGUUGAGGCUGAUGCACUAGGAGAUGAAUGGAAAGGCUAUGUUGUUCGUAUCUCUGGUGGUAAUGACAAGCAAGGUUUCCCUAUGAAACAGGGUGUCCUGACAAAUGGACGUGUACGUUUAUUGCUUUCCAAAGGACAUUCUUGCUAUAGACCACGACGAGAUGGUGAGCGCAAGCGCAAAUCCGUUCGUGGUUGCAUUGUAGAUUCCAAUUUGUCUGUAUUGGCACUUGUCAUCAUCAGGAAAGGCAAACAAGAAAUCCCGGGUUUAACUGAUAUGAAUGUACCGCGUCGUUUGGGGCCGAAAAGAGCGAGCAAAAUUCGCAAACUGUUCAAUCUAUCGAAGAAGGAUGAUGUUCGGCAGUUUGUAGUAAAACGACCGAUCCAAAAAGAAGGGAAAAAGGAACGAUUUAAGGCACCGAAGAUUCAACGUUUAAUCACUCCUAUUGUCCUUCAAAGAAAAAGACACAGAUUGGCGUUGAAGAAGAAGCGCUGUUUGGCUCGCAAGGAGCAAGCGGCCGAGUACGCGAAGUUGCUAGCGCAACGGCAGAAAGAAGCGAAGAACAGACGCCAAGAAGAAUUAAAACGAAGGCGUAGCGCUUCUUUACGCGAAUCCAAAUCGUCGACGCAAACGGCACCAGCCGCGCAACAGUAAAUUGAUUGAAUCCUGAAAUGUAUUUGCACAUCAAUAAAAAAAAAAUUUCGACUA